GUCUUACCGUCUUAUCUCAACUUUUAUUUUGCUGCGCGAAAUGAAACGUACUGCGCAAAUGAUUCAUUUGUAAAUGCAGGUUACUUCUGUCUAGACUUGGAGGUGUGGAUUUUUAAGCAUUUGUUAGUCCGUUCUCUCUAACGGUUGCUAUUGAAAGAGAGAAGGAGAUGACAAAUAUUCAAUGCUCUGAAAUUAAACAUAAACUGGAACGUACGACUAACUGUCAUGCACAGCCUGUCACAGAAAAUAAUUAUUAUCCCCCGUGAUAUUUUAGUUUUUUUAUUUGUGUAUCACGUAUUUCUAGAUAAUUGUUGCAGUUUUGGUGUUUAGAUUUUUAUAUUGUCGCCUUAACAAGUGUAACUAAUGGUUAUAGCCUGUAGAAGACCCUGUAUUAUAUUGGCGAAUAACAAUUAAAGGAACGUGUCACUAUUAUUUUACAAACAGUUGUUUUCAACCGAUACGUCGCUAUAGGAAUGUGAAUCGUGUCUAAUUUUAUUUAAUUAUUAGUAUAUUUUCACAUGGGUGAUGGCUUGGCAGUCGGACACUCUUACUGAUGAGAACAGCUUCCUACUUCGUUUAAGGAUUGUAGGAGCUUACUCAUUGGCUAAAAAGGAUAUAUUUGGUGCUAGUGACCCAUAUGUGCGGGUGGAGUUGCAAAAGGUCGAUGGUGAUGUCACCCUUGAUACGUUUCUCACUAAAACCAAGAAAAAGACUUUAAACCCCACAUGGAAUCAGGAGUUUGUCUUCAGGGUAAAACCGGCAGAGCACAAGCUGUUGAUCCAAGUGUUCGAUGAGAACCGGCUCACUAGGGAUGACUUCCUGGGCAUGGUGGAGGUACCCCUCUCCACCGUGCCCACGGAGACGGCUGCCUCCGCCCGCCCCAGCGUCGUUAAGUACCCGUUGCGUCCGCGCAGUGCAAGGUCCAGAGUUCGUGGCUACAUUGAGGUGUACCACGCAUUAGUAGGUCGUGUGGGUGAGGCCGGGGCCGAGGAGCCAGCGCCCUCAGACGAUUGGGAGCUCGUGGAACCCUCGCCGCAGCAGGGCGUCGUACAACCGGCGAUUGGUGGCGAUCCGUUACCGCCAGGGUGGGAGGAGAGGCAGGACGCCAAUGGCAGAACGUAUUACGUCAACCACAUCGAGAGGUCCACGCAAUGGGAACGUCCUACGUUCACGCGCAAUAUGAGUACGGAGUCGCAAGCGGAACGUAUGGAGACGGCUGCGACGGAGUUCCAGCGUCGGUUCCAUAUCUCUGCGGACGAUGAACUCGCCGCCAGCCCCGCCACACACACACAGAACCAUCAGGAGGAUAUAAGCAAUAGAAGUGGGGAGACUAACUCGACGGACCCCACGCCGUUUUCCACACCGAUCAGAUCGCCGGAACCCGUCGCACACGUUGCGGACAGCGGGGUGACGAACCAAACUAAUAGUAUAAGUGAUGAAACCGACUGUGAUAAUAAUUUAGGAAACAAAACGAUACAGGAGGACGACGAUGUUGUAUGCGCCAACGAAGUAGUUGGCGACGCUCAAACUGACACGAGUACUAGUCACGACGCAGUUAGCCAGGCCGCCGACACAGCGGAACUAACUGAGGACACUAACACUGAAGCUGCUAACAAUACCACUACCGACGGGGCAGGCGGUCACACACCACCUACUGACGCACCGCAGGGAGAGAGUCGGGACACGACUGACAAUACAGAGACGACACAAGGCAGUACUGACACGCCUGAAGAGAGAGAUACAGCUAACGAAGGAGAUGUGGCUAAUGAGAGAGACACAGCUAAUGAGACAGAGACACAGAACGAAACACAGGCAGAAGUAGUUGAGAAUGAGACUGAAACAACAGCCACAGAAGCUGCGGAGACAGAGACAGCAGUACCUCAGACUGAGACAGCAGCACCUCAGACUGAGACAGCAGUAGCUCAGGCAGAAGUAAUAGUAGAGGAAGACGCUCUGACGUUCGAUGAGAAUCACUUCAGUACUCCGACGGGCGGCGCGUCGCCUGUCGCCACGCCGACCACUCGGCGGCGGAGGACCACCACCAGCUCCAUGGAGGAUUCCGAGGACGAGACGGACGGCUCGACAGAGAGCACGAGGAGUAGCAGUGCUAGCAGUACGCAGAGUCAGAACCUGCCCAACAGUGACGGUCUUCCCCCUGGCUGGAGUAUGCAGAGAGCGCCAAACGGUAGAAUAUUUUUCAUUGACCACAAUCAGAAGACGACGACGUGGAUAGAUCCUAGAACUGGUUGUGCGUCCAGUUUACCGUCUGCGGCGGGCGCCGCGAGCAGCGCGGCCGUGGAGGCAGACGAACUGGGGGCACUGCCCGAGGGCUGGGAGGAGAGGGUGCAUACUGACGGGAGAAUCUUCUUUAUAGACCACAAUACCCGCACGACUCAGUGGGAGGACCCUCGACUGUCGAACCCUCAGAUAGCCGGCCCGGCCGUGCCGUACUCGCGCGACUACAAGCGAAAGUACGAGUACCUCAAGAGUCAACUCCGCAAACCGAGCAACGUGCCAAACAAGUUUGAGAUAAAAGUUCGUCGUAACUCUAUCUUAGAAGAUUCGUACCGCAUCAUCAGCUCCGUCAGCCGACUCGACCUGCUCAAGACUAAGCUGUGGGUCGAGUUCGAAUCUGAAGUCGGUCUUGACUACGGUGGUCUAGCCCGCGAAUGGUUCUUCCUGUUAUCGAAAGAGAUGUUCAACCCUUACUACGGGUUGUUCGAGUACUCCGCCAUGGACAACUACACCCUGCAGAUCAACCCCAACAGUGGCGUCUGCAACGAGGAACAUCUCAGCUACUUCAAGUUUAUUGGCAGGGUCGCAGGCAUGGCUGUGUACCAUGGGAAGCUGUUGGAUGCGUUCUUCAUCCGUCCAUUCUACAAGAUGAUGCUAGGCAAGACGAUAGAGCUCCAAGACAUGGAGUCUGUAGACUUAGAGUACUAUAACUCACUCAUGUGGAUUAAGGAAAAUGACCCGUCAGAGCUAUACCUGACAUUCUCAGUAGACGAGGAGCAGUUCGGGAAGACUAUACAGCGGGACUUGAAGCCGGGCGGCGCCAAUAUACCGGUGGAUAAUGAUAACAAGGAUGAAUAUAUCAAACUGGUGAUCCAGUGGCGGUUCGUGUCGCGCGUGCAGGAGCAGAUGUUCUCGUUCCUGGAGGGGCUGGGCGCGCUGGUGCCGCUGGCGCUGCUGAAGAUCUUCGACGAGAACGAGCUGGAGCUACUGCUGUGCGGCAUACAGCACAUCGACGUGCGCGACUGGCGCGCGCACUCGCUCUACAAGGGGGACUACCACGCCAACCACAUCGUCGUGCAGUGGUUCUGGAGGGUACGGCCUACAUUACAUCACGCUUUAGUUCUUGUAGGGGACUACCACGCCAACCACAUCGUCGUGCAGUGGUUCUGGAGGGUACGGCCUACAUUACAUCACGCUUUAGUUCUUGUAGGGGACUACCACGCCAACCACAUCGUCGUGCAGUGGUUCUGGAGGGUGGUGCUAUCGUUCUCGAACGAGAUGCGGUCCCGGCUGCUGCAGUUCGUGACGGGUACGUCGCGCGUGCCCAUGAACGGGUUCAAGGAGCUGUACGGCAGUAACGGACCGCAACUCUUCACCAUCGAGAAGUGGGGCGCGCCAGAAAACUACCCGCGGGCACAUACGUGUUUCAACCGCAUAGAUCUCCCGCCUUAUGAAAGCUACCAGCAACUACGAGAGAAGUUAAUUAAAGCCAUCGAAGGCUCGCAGGGCUUCGCGGGCGUCGACUGAGUCCACAGAGGAGCCCUGCACACCGGCCUUACCUUACUAUACCACACUAGUACACUAGCUCAUCAAGGUAUACCAGCAUUAUAAUACAUUCUAGACCUUAUCCCAUAGGUAUAAUGGUUCAAAAUGUAUUAUAAUGGAGUACCUUGACGUACCUGUAUCGACUUGUUCGUUAGUGUAUGAACAGGUCGAUACAUGUCAUAAUGUCGACCUGUUAAACAUGUUUUGUGUACUUUCACGGUUUAUUUUUUAUUUUCUUACUCAUAUAAAGAGAUUCAUUCUCUUCCUAUUUACUUUCCUAUUGAGGUUACUAGUGAAGUAUUCAAACUUAUACCAGUCUGUCAUUUUGCUUCAUUCGAUUUUGACUUUAUAAUUACACAAUAAAGUAAAAAAUCGAAUAAAGGAAUUUGACAGAAAAGUAUAGUUUGAGUUGCUGGCCACAGUACUAUUUAGUUUUCAAAUUAUACUUUCUUUUUAAUAUCAAGAUAGAGAGUUAAGCUAGCGACUGGAUUGAAUAGAAAACUGCUCAAACAUGGAACUGGUACAUACCAUCACGCUUUAUUUACGAAACAAUACAGGCAGAAAUGUCCUUAAUCUAUAUUUUCAUAAUUCAUCCUUCGAGAUAGUAAUUUUAUUUCUGCCUCUUUCUUUCAAAUAUGGACGAUUAAGCAAUAAGAAAUAAUAAACUUCUUGACUUAUAUUCUGAUCUUAAAGCAGAUUUAGUUUUUGGUAGAUCUUCUAAUUCAUUUCUAAAUCCCUCCAAAUCUCGUCUAUAAUUUCAUAUUUUCUUUGCGAAAAUUUUGUUAGUAUAAGGAAAAAGAAUUAUAACUAUUUCUACAAGUUUGAAUCUAAAUUAUUAUCUUUAAUACCUUCCAACUUAAACAUAAUACGUUCUCAAUAUAUUGUAAAUAUUUAAAACCUUAAAGCCUGUAGAAAUAGUUCAAAUUUCUUUGAAAAGUAUUUCAUCUAAUUUUUGAUAACCAGCCUUAUAAGUCUACUGAGACAAUUAUAAAAGUUUCAGGAAUUGAAAACGAUAAUUGUACACAACAAAAUCAAUCCAGCAGUUUCGGUCCUGUAAUAUGAAACGCAAUACAAACAUGGUAGAAAGCAGGAUUGUGCAAAUAGAAAUAAUAUUAAAAUUAAUACAUAAAUAAAUACGUGUGAUUAGUAUUCUAAAUGAGUGCCUAUCUUACAUAUAAAUUGGUGUCUAAAUAUUAUCAUUUACUUUCUAUCUUCUAUUCUUUACAACGACAAUAAUUUUGUAUGUGUGUAUGUCCUUCACAACGCUUUAAUAAAGGGGUGACGCUUAGUGAUGUGAACGAAUAUUGCUUUUUUAUCUAUCUCUUAGUCUAUGCUAGAUGCAAAUAGUUUAGCGUAUCUAUGGCAAUAGAGUUGCACCGUGUGUGAAUAAUGCGUGCUGGUAGCGAUCUUAGAGCGAGUUUUCUCAACAAUUUAGCUGAAUUUUAUAAUAUAGUUAUAUGACUAAGUGUCACCCCUUCCCCCAUCUGACGUUAUAUCCAUAUGACUUUCCCCCUCUUCUACUUAUAAGACAAUACAAAACGGCGUAAGUAAGCAACGUUGCUGAUGUAAAUUAGACGUUAUUCUUAUAUCCACAGGGUCCAGCACCUGUAGGUACAAUUCGAAAUUAAGUCCUAUGUCUUUCAAAAGUAUUAUUUUGCUGUAACUUUAUUUUUUAUUCCGCGUCGGUUCUUGGAUCGUUGGUCCUUCGUCGCAGUUACUAUGUGUAACUAGAAGAGUUUAUCUUCGCAUAUUAUUGUACCGGGAGUCCUAUCCACCUUCGACAUUUAGCUUUACGACUAAGCCAUAAUAAAGUAAUGUUGAAAUAAAGCUCUAACUAUAAUAUACCAAGUGACUACAGGGCUAAUUGGAACACUAAAUAGGUUUACUAAAAAUUCGCAAUAAAAUUCUUAGUUUUAAUUAGCCAUGUGAUACCCCAAUUUACUUUAUGUGGAAAUUAUUAUUAUUAAUCUAAAAGGUGUUUUACAAUGUAUACUAUACAAUUAUAAUGUACAUGGUGUUUCGUUUUGUUCCUGUCAUAGAUGACAGCUGUCAAUGUCAAACUAAGACCAAGCGAGGUAGCCUUUUUGAUAAGUGAGUGACAAAGCCAAUGUGCAAUGUUUAUAAUUUAUUCCACGCAUUAUUUACGAUUUUAAAUUCUAAAUAACGUGAUAUAUCCGGGCAAGGUGAAGUUAUGAAAUGUUUCAAUUAUUAGUGAUCGGGUAAUGUAGGCCAUCUUGUCCGGACUUGUUUAGUGAUUAAAUAAUUAUUCAUUUUGCGUCCUAUACGUUAGAUAAUUGCUUUCGCUUUGAUAUAAUCUAAAAAGAUAUUUUCAUAUAUAGCACACUUGUACAUAAUUUAGUAUAAGGUGUAAAAAAUUGCUAAUUGAAAUAUGUAUAAAUAUAAAAUAAUUAGAUGACCGAGUGGUAUCCAUGAAAUGGACCGUUGAAAUUUAUAACUAUUAAUGGAAUAAAGGUGUUAAAAUAUUUAUUGAUGGAGCAAUUGUUUACACCCUGUAUUUAUUUAGUUUUACUCAAGUUGCGUUUUCGUCUACGAUCGUUUACUUAAUUUAGAUAGUUUUUAUUAUCAAUAUAUUAUUUUGUACGUCUUUGUAAUUUUAGGCUGUAACUUAGUACCUAUUUUGUAUUCAGCAAAUCCUGCCUGAGAACUUUUGUAAACUAAAAUCAAAUGGAACUUUAUUUUAACGCCAUUAAAGUACAUUUAGAGAACUGCAGCAUUUUUUAUUAUAAGCCUAAAAUUAUAAAGAUAAUUAUUGGGAAAUAAUUUGUAUAAUUCCAUAUUAUAAACGUUUUUUGAUUAUAACAUGUUGACGAGACAUCGUGGUGUUUACCAAGUGGUACCGACAGAGUGAUAGGACGCGUCAUUUUAAAACUGAAUAUUUUCCUCCACGUUAACUUGGGAAAAUAUCCUGCUUAUAGAUCCGGCCUCGUAGCGUUUUCUAACAACUAAUGAUGUAAAAAUCUAGCAUUUAAAUAGAAUAAGGCAAUAAAUAUUAAGGUGAUAAACUUGCUCUACUAAUUUAACUCUUAGCCUCAUCGAAAUACGUGUUAGAAUGGCGCGUACUAGAUUCUUUAGUACUACGAAGAUCUUCACAGCAAAUGUUUGCGGAGCUAUGCGCAAGCGCUUAUGAUUAUUGACACAUUAGAACUGGAAACAGAAUUACCAUAGUUUUGACAGACUUGUGUCGAAAUGGCUUCCAUAGAUUAAUGAAGUUUCGAGAAUGGCAUUGUGCCACCUGCAUUUAAUUUCAUGUUGCUAGAAAUUAUAGAAAUCAUCGCUUUAACCUUUAAUAGAUAGAAUGUUUAAGAAUUUAUAGAUAGUAUUGUUUCUAAUACAAAAGGACGGUACCACUUCCAGUUUUGAUGUGUCGGUACCAAAAUAGGGUUGUCAAGCAAUGAACAAGACGCGGUGUUGUCUAACGUAAUCAACGAUAUUUUUAUUUUACGUUUAAAAUAAGAUUAUUCAUGUAAAUAUUAAUACAUAUUUGAAAUUUGAGAAAAAACAAUUCAUUAAAAAGUCAUUAUUUUGA